AUGCUGGCCAUCGCCGCCGUUGUCAUCCUGCUAGGCCAUGCCGAAGCCAGCGUGAGAACGCCCAGAACCCUCGGCCCAAGCUCAAAUCCGACAUCUCUAGUCCCGACGACGAGUGUUCUCCUGCCGGCAUCACCAACAGGCAUAUCCACCGUCAUGUUGCCGCAUCCAACUGAGACGAGAGACGGCCUCCCGGACGGCGCACCAGACGUACAAAGGCCGCAAAUCACAGCAUUUCCGGAUGAGGAGUUGGACUUGGGAACCAACUUGCGCGACACAGGCGGCCAAAAGUUCGUGCAGACAACAUAUUGGAGCUGCGUCACAUUUCCGAGGGAGACGCAUUGCGGUUGGCAUCAGCCCAUUCUGGAUGCCGGUGCGGAAAGGAUGGGAUGCCAUGUUGGCCGGAGGGUCGUACGGGCUGGCGUCGUUGCCGGUGUCGUAGGUGGUCUGUUGCUUGGGCUCUGA